AUGCUGAAUCUGGUGUCGCCCAAGCAUGCAGAGGCAUUUGCUGAAGUGCUGGAUGAAUACAGCCACCGUCGGUACCAGCCUUUCCUGGAGUUCGCAGAGUCCAUUCUUCCCCAGACGAUUCUUCGUGCGGCCAUCACCUCGGCCUAUCGUCGUCCGGAAAUUGAAGUCGUGCCUAUGUUGUUGGAGCAGGCACGUCUUGGUGAAGAGCAAAGCCGUAAGGUGCUAGGACUGGCAACACGCCUGGCCGAAAAGCUGCGCAAUCAGAAAGGUUCAAGUGGCAGGGCAGGUCUUGUACAAGGUUUGCUGCAAGAGUUUUCGCUGUCAUCCCAUGAGGGUGUUGCACUCAUGUGCUUGGCUGAAGCCUUGCUCCGCAUCCCUGACAAAGGUACUCGCGAUGCGCUGAUCCGCGACAAAAUAAGUGCAGGUAACUGGAGCCAGCACCUUGGGCAGAGCCCAUCCGUAUUCGUCAAUGCUGCGUCCUGGGGCCUUUUGAUCACCGGCAAACUGGUGUCGACCCACAAUGAGUCAGGCCUGUCGAAUUCAUUGAAUCGCAUCAUCGCGCGGGGCGGUGAACCCGUGAUUCGUAAAGGCGUAGAUAUGGCCAUGCGCAUGAUGGGCGAGCAGUUUGUGACAGGCGAAACGAUCGCUGAGGCACUGGCGAACGCAACUCGCCUGGAGGCUAACGGUUUCCGCUACUCCUACGACAUGCUGGGCGAGGCUGCUCUGACCGAUGCUGAUGCACAGAAAUAUCUGGCGUCUUACGAGCAGGCCAUCCACUCCAUUGGUAAAGCGUCGAAUGGCCGUGGAAUCUACGAGGGGCCGGGCAUCUCGAUCAAGCUGUCGGCCCUGCACCCGCGCUACAGCCGAAACCAGUACGAGCGGGUCAUGGAGGAGCUUUAUCCACGCCUGCUGUCUUUGGCCUUGUUGGCCAAACACUAUGACAUCGGUAUCAAUAUUGACGCAGAAGAAGCCGAUCGCCUGGAAAUCUCUUUGGAUUUGCUCGAGCGCCUUUGCUUCGAGCCUUCUCUCUGCGGUUGGAACGGUAUCGGGUUCGUUAUCCAGGCUUAUCAGAAGCGUUGCCCUUACGUUAUCGACUAUGUCGUUGACCUGGCCAAGCGCAGCCGCCACCGCCUGAUGAUUCGCCUUGUAAAAGGUGCCUAUUGGGACAGCGAGAUCAAGCGUGCUCAAUUGGACGGCCUUGAGGGAUAUCCGGUGUACACCCGCAAGGUUUAUACCGACGUCUCCUAUCUGGCCUGUGCCCGAAAGCUUCUGGCCGUGCCGGAAGCCAUCUAUCCGCAAUUCGCAACUCCACAACGCUCA